AUGAGUGCACCAAAGCAAGACGACGACCAUAUUGGCGAUAGCGAGAGCACUCACACUCGCAUAUCAGACCAGGAUCCCGAAAAACAAUCCAAUGCGGAAAUUGGAAUCCCAGAUGCUCCUUACUCAAGCUUCUCACUAUGGCAGAAGCGUCUCAUUGUUCUGGCUGCUGCUUCGACAGCCCUCUUUUCACCAAUGACAGCCCAGAUAUACUUCCCUGCCCUACCAGCUAUAGCCAACGACUUGGGCGUGACCACAUCCCAGAUCAACCUUACUGUCACGACUUACAUGAUCUUCCAGGGUAUAACACCCAUGUUCAUUGGCUCACUAGCUGACAGUGGUGGAAGAAGACCUGCGUACCUGGUAUGCUUUACCAUCUACAUAGCGGCCAACAUUGGUCUCGCCCUGGCUCCUAGCUAUGGUGCUCUGUUGGGUCUUCGAUGUCUUCAAUCCGCUGGCUCUGCUAGCACUGUUGCGCUAUGCUUCGCUGUUGUGGCUGAUGUUGUCACCUCGGCCGAAAGAGGUCAGUACAUCGGUCUGACAGCUGUUCCAUCUGUGCUGGGUCCAUCGCUAGGUCCAAUUAUAGGUGGCGUGCUUGCCGAAUUUCUAGGCUGGAGGUCAAUUUUCUGGUUUCUUGCCAUCUUCGCCGGUGUAACCGUCAUUCUUCUCGCUUUGUUCUACCCAGAAACAUGCCGUGAGAUCGUCGGGGAUGGUAGUAUCAAAGCGCCUUUGAUGUACCGCUCAGUAUGGCAGAUUCUUGUAUCCCGACGGAAGCGGUCUGAGUCGGAGAAGAACGGUUUGAGUCGACAAGGCUCACGAGCUUCGACCGUCAAGAAGUUCAAGUUCAAGUUUCCCAAUGUCCUCGACUCGAUCUUGAUGUUGUUUGAGAAGGAAACCGGUUUCCUUCUCGGCUUCAGCAGUAUCUGCUUCGCAGGGUUCUACUGCAUAGCAACCGCCAUGCCCACCCUAUUCAAGGAGAUAUAUGGCUAUAACGAGCUUGAGAUCGGACUGACAUUCCUCCCCAUGGCAGCUGGAUCAGUCAUUGCGGCGUUCAUCGUGGGUGCUUUUACAAAUCGCAACUUCAAGCGACAUUGCGAGAAGCAGGGCAUACCAUACGAGCGCAGUAAGCAGCAAGACUUGUCUGGUUUUCCAAUUGAGCGUGCUCGUCUGGAAAUCGGUUUCCCUCUACUAAUGCUCGCGGCUGCUACGCUCGUCUGUUGGGGAUGGGCCGUUCACGCCCGGGCUCAUAUUGCUGUCCCGUGUGUGCUGAGUGGAAUCUUGGGCGUAGGAGUUGUUGGUUUCAACAAUACAGUCAACUCGCUGCUAAUUGAUAUCCAUCCCAGGAAGGCUGGCACGGCAAGCGCAGCGAACAACCUGACGCGCUGUUUAGUAGGGGCGGGAGCCAGUGCAGCAAUUGUGCCCAUGAUUGAUGCUAUGGGUACUGGCUGGGCUUUCACCCUCGUUGGAGGACUCUAUGUUCUCGGUUGCCCUAUUCUGAUCACUGUCAUGGUUCGUGGAGUUAAAUGGCGCGAGGAGUUGAGAGUGAAAGAGGAGAAGAAACUAAAGGCCAAGGAAGCCCAAGAGGUAUCUUUCCAUCCACUAGCCCGUAUUCCUGGACCAAGACUGGCGGCGAUUUCGAGCUUCUGGCAUGCAUAUAAUGCUCGAAUGGGGCGCAUGGCAUAUCUUGGAAAGACACUCCAUAGAAAAUACGGACCUGUUGUGCGUGUUGGUCCUAAUGAAGUAUGGUUCGAUAGCAAAGAGGCUUUUCAUGCCAUUUACAGCAGUGGGAGUGGCUAUGAAAAGUCUGACUUUUACUUGGCAACUGCCUUGAGCAAACCUCACAUUGAUUGGCAUCUCAACACCGAAUUCCAAGAUACCCUCGACCUUCUAUCAGAGCGAGAUGUGAGACGCUACCGUCUUCAGCGCCGACUCAUUGGGCCUGUGUACCAAACUUCCAAUCUCAUUCAGUAUGAAGCUGCAAUUGAUGAGGUUCUUGCACGCUCCAUCGCCAAGCUAAAGACUUUGAACGGUGCUCAGGUUGAACUCAACGAGUGGAUGCACAUCAUCGCCGUCGAAUGCCUUGGUGCGGUCGUACUAUCCUGGUCGCCAGGAAUGCUAAAGAAUGGAACUGAUCAUGGCUCCGGCGCUCACGCAUACCAUGGCUGGAGACGAAAGAGUGUCUUUGGUUUGUUCCCAAUGGCUGCUAAGUUGGAGUUCUUACACAAGUCGAUCGGGCGACUCUUCAGUACGAUUUGGGGCGUAAAUUUCCAACCGCCAAAGGACUUCCGACCAUUCUUUCCAGAUGUCGGCAAAAGAGUCUCAAGACGUGUUAACGCAGCCACGAAAUCCAAGCUCAAUAAAGAUGAUCGAAAAGAUCUCCUAGCGGAUCUGAUCCAGUUGCAUAGAACCAAGCCUAAAUUUACAGAACUUUACCUUCGCAAGAUGGCUGUGACCAACUUCGGGGCUGGGCAUGAGACCAUGGCAUCGACACUUACCUCGAUCUUUGCGCUACUGGGCUCAAACGAUGAUGUUCAGGCACAGGUAUCUCUUGAGAUCCUUAGGACAAGCAAUCCCGUCGAAUACUCCACUGCGACACGCUUGCCAGAGUUUCAAUCACUCAUCAAGGAAGCCAAGCGGCUGUAUCCCGUCAUCAGCAUGUCAUUGCCGCGCAAGGUUCCUUCAGAAGGCCUAUAUCUUCAUGGCUACUAUUUUCCACCAAACACAACCGUGGGCUGUAACCCGGUAGCUCUUCAUCGAAAUCCAAGUAUCUUUGGUUCGGACUCGGAUAUGUUCAACCCAGCUCGUUGGCAGACUGCAGAUCCCGACGCAGCACGUACAAUGGAACGUGUCAAUCUCAGCUGGGGCGGCGGCUCCAGAUCAUGUCCGGGGCGACAUCUAGCAGAGCUGGUAGUCUUCAAAGUCGUUCCCGCUUUGGUGAAAGAGUUUAAAAUCGAGGUCGACUUGCCUCCUGAAGACAAGAAUCGCUCGUAUUUCUUGUCAAUGCUGAUAGGAGUCAAAGCCCGCUUUAUUGAACGAGACGUAGGGCUAUCAUCAGACGAAGAAUGA